UCUUUGCAGUUACAGUGCAAAUAAAGCGAGAUAACGGGCCGUGGACAGCGGGCUAAAACUUUUUAUUCUGACAUAUCAGAGCAAUGACUUUUGUGUAAUUAUAAACCUGGGACACGGAUCCCAGCGAAGGAAUAGGGUCUGUGCUGGAAGGAGAGAGAGAAGCGCUGAUUUUUUUUGGGUGUGGAAAACCGGACGGCGCGUUCACAGUACAAUCUGAACAAGUUUGCCUUUUCCAAAAGUAACAGUGGAAGAGUGAAAGUUACAGUAACAACAUGAGCUUGUUGUCUGCUAUAGACACCAGUACCUCAGUGUACCAGCCUGCACAGCUUCUCAACUGGGUUUACCUUUCUUUACAAGACACGCAUCAGACGAGUGCCUUCGAUGCCUUCCGACCCGAACCCAACUCUUCCCAUCCGGACCUGAACUACAGCAAAACUCCUGCCAACGACCUGAGCUCCUCUCUCAACUCCAACUAUCUCAACAACUUCUUUCAGCUGCAGAGGAAUGAGGCCCUGAAUAAUGGUUUAUACAAAAGUGUGUCACCGUACGGCUCUCUUAACAACAUAGUGGAUGGGCUGAACUCUCUAACGGACCACUUCUCUGACCUCUCUCUGUCUUCUGAGCCACGCAAGCCCAGCAAGAGACCCCCACCAAACUACCUGUGCCAUCUCUGCUUCAACAAGGGACACUAUAUCAAAGACUGCCCGCAGGCAAGACCCAAAGGUGAAGGACUGACUCCAUACCAAGGAAAGAAGAGGUGCUUUGGUGAAUACAAGUGUCCUAAGUGCAAAAGGAAGUGGAUGAGUGGGAACUCCUGGGCCAACAUGGGACAGGAAUGCAUCAAAUGCCAUAUCAAUGUUUAUCCUCAUAAACAGCGUCCUUUAGAGAAACCCGACGGCCUGGACGUUUCGGACCAGAGCAAGGAACACCCGCAGCAUCUGUGUGAGAAGUGCAAAGUCCUGGGCUACUACUGCCGCCGCGUGCAAUAAGGAGGAUCCUGAGGUCGUCUCCACCCUUUCCCAUCGCUUCGCCUACCAAGCGCUCCAAGAAAAAGUGAAAAGUGCCAAAACAUUCAUGUAAAUAUCUCUAACGCUAGUUACGGCUUUGUGUAUCAGCAGCAUGCGACGCAUUUAUUGUGUAUAAUGGACAUUUGAAUAUGUUUGGGACAGUGUUUCUAUCCGUACGGGACGCAGUGGAUUACCUCACCACUGCGUCCCCUGAUUGUGUGUUUACAGACUCUCCCUUCAUUCUCCCUGCCAAGUGAACUAUGAGGAUGUGCCGAGCACUAAAGGUGUCACGUUAGUUUGCUCAAACAAGGGCCCAGUGUGCCUUUGCAGAGUUUUUGGGUCAAUAGCACAUCAUAUUAACUGUGAAUUAACAGAGGGACAAUGGACUUUCCAUCCCUAGCUUUUGUGUCACAUAUUUAUUUAUGUUUGUGUAUCGUUUCGUAGUGCAAUUGAAUUAACUAAACUGGGAUAAUUUCAUCCGUGUUUAUAUCUGGACAGGUAUUGUCUAACCCCACCUCUUGCCAUUAGAAACUACUGUAGAAUAGAACUUUCUAAUGCUUCGGAUUAGCCCAUCAGGUAGUUUAUGUCUUUCACUUAUGUAUGAAUUGCCAAAUGCGAGAUGUUUUUUUGUCAAGUUGGUUAAAUGCAGCCCUGGAGGCAUUUGAAUCGAGUUGUUGGCAACUAUGCAAAACCAUUGCAGCUUAUGCAGAGUCAGUUCUUUACAUUGUUGCGCAGUGGAAUGAAGUGUGUGGAUGAUCAAAACGAAGCCGUGGCUAGCUGACCGUCACCGUCCUUUGAAAUGUGAUUACGUAUGUUGUCAACUGAUGCCAGAGAACUGCUUCAAACGUCUUAGAAUCCCAUGUAAAGCUGAAGUAUUUUGGUACAGGGGUCAAAAUGUGAGCUUUUCAGUCCAUGUGCUAGCAUUUAAAAAAACAUAACGCCUGCUCUUCGCUGAGAUAUCUAGCUCAGGAUAAAGAGUGUGUUUGAAUGACACAUCUCAGAUGAAACCAUGCGCAUCUGUCUUAUAUAAACACCGCUCUAGAAAAUGUCAUUAAUUCAUUUCAAUGUUAUGCAACACAUUUAUUUUAACAUUUUAAAAUGAUACGAAAGGGUUAUCCCUCCACAGCAAUGUCAUAGAAGAAGAAAUAAUUAUUUUUACGACCUAAAGAACCAUAAAGAAACCUUUUGUGCAAUGAAAAGGUUCUAGGGAUGUUUAAUGGAACCAUGGAUGCAUAAAUAACCUUUAUUUUGAAGAAUGUUUUGAGUUUGACCCUUGCACUAAAAUAUGUUUCAUUAAAUAAAUUCUCCGCUGUUUACACAGUCAUUCUGAUCAUAUCUCAGAAUGAAAUACUUAAUUUUUACGGUUUUUAUCGCCUUACCCCACAUGCGUAUAUUUAUGCAUUGGCUACAGAUGUACCUGAUGAAUUACACCCUGUUUAAACUGUGAUUUUUGGGAAGCAUUUUCUGUUUGAUAGGACAAAUAUAUGGCUGUAAAGGGAAAAGAAGGACAAAGUAAGUAAUGCUGAAGAGUUUUUUUGGAGAUGUAACGAGAAAACACUUUGGGUACAUUUGAUUGAAGAUGUUUGAUUGAGGACAUUAUGAUGGGAGGGUGUUAAUAUUUGGAUGGAAGUAAAUGUGUACAGGAUCUAUGUGCCUUUACCUCUUGUUAUGGCUCACACAAAGUACUAAUUGAUCGUAUUUGAGUGUGGCCCAGGAUUAUUAAACAAUAAAUGUAGCUUUACGUGUUCCAGUGGGAAGUCGUAGACGGAUAUUGUGAGAAUUGUGUCAAUCCUAGAUGUACAUAUGAAGUUAAAUGCUUUUACAUGGUAAAUACAGUGUGUAUAAUUGUUUACUUAUCGUUGGAGUCCACAUAUUAUCUGUUGAAUAUUAGUUCAUGUUUCAUUCAUUGAGAUAAAGUCAGAUGAAGAUACGAAUCUUGUCUGAAGGGAACUUCUAGUGCCUUAUGAAAAGUCCAGAUUUUUGCCAAGGAAUGUCAUGUAUGAUGCCGAGGAAUUGAAGGAGCCGAUUAGAUGUCUGAAAAUGUAAACUAGCUAAUUUUACUUCAGUUGAAAAAAUGGCUUUAUGUUUCUGAUGGGAAAUUAAAGGAGUACAAACUGCCAGGGAGUCAAUCGUUAGAUCACCGUUAAAUAAAAAGCAAGGCUGUUUCUGCGAGUCGCUGCUUUGUUCUUUGGACGUCAUCAUUGUUUCUGAGACCCUUUAUUUCUUGGUAACUGUGUUUUUCUGGUGUUGCCAAUGGCUUCGCUGUGUGUACAUUCUUACACGCCAAGGUUUACUUCAGGCCUCAUUUAGGCUGGAAUGAGUUACUCUGCUUUUUGAUAAACACCGUAAUGAAUGGCGUAAUGAACAUAACCAGUGAAAUAAACGAUUACUGCGGAUUCAUCAUAAUCAUUGCUGAUCACCCAUAGCCGGUAGUCUGCACAUAAUGAUUUCCUUGCGUCUUUGGGAUCAAUUCAAUUUAUUGUCAGGUCUGUACACUUUAACAGAUGACCCAGUGCACCACUAGAUUGAGGCCUCGUUAUUAAAAUUGCUUUAUUUUUGCAAAAUAGUUACAUUGCACUAUAUACGUGACUAAAAUGAUAACAGCCCUUGUUGAAGGCAUGUAUUGCGUAAAUGAGCUUCCCCUGAUUUCUGCUUUAUUAAAUGAAAGACAGAGCUUGUGGUUUUGACAGAGUGUACAUGCAUUUAAAACUAUACAAAGUGCUUUUUGCGCAUGUUUUUGUCUUGAAAUACAUAUACUUGACUUUUAUAGCUCACUUUCAGUAUAAACUUGUUAUUUUCUAUUAAAGAUAUGUGUAUUUUGGAAACAAUAUAGAUAAUGAAGAUUUUGGAGCAAUUUGAUAUCCAGACAAGAUUUUGAUGUUUUCCCUUACAAAGAUACUAGUAUGUGUUUUCUGUAUAUAUUCGAUUACCAUCAUUAUCAAGUUAGCUAUUUCGAAAUGUUAUGAUGCAAUAUUAAAACUUUGUAUGUGAAAAAAGGGCAAAAUGCUGAGAUGCAAAAGAGCUGGGAGUUUGUUUUUUCUUCCUUUGAUGUUUUACAAUAAUCUUUGAUUAUAUCCUACAGAAAUAUUUAUGGAAGGAUUUUGUUCUUUUUUUUAACAAUUCAAUUAUUUUUUUGUAUAAAAUAUGCAACAGAAGCUACUCUAUGAAGAAAAUAUUGAUGACUACAUAGAAUAUUAUUCAAAAGUUGGUACAUAAUUAUUAUGCCCUUACAAGCCAUUUUUUUUUCUGUUUUGUUAUUCUAGAUGUUAUUGGUAUAUAGUAACCUUACCUGUUACGAGCAUCCGUGUGCUUCAGUGUUGUUUUGAAUCUUUGCGUGUCUUGCUAUACAGCAUGAAUGUUUUGAUUUGCAUUAUAGGAAACCUAUAACACUCAUUCUAACAUCACAAACAGCUGUUUUUCACAUAACAGAGACUGACUCGCACACUGUAAGUCGUAGGUGUUUUAUAGACGCAAAACAGUGGCAAAAAAAAAUGUGACUAACUCCAGUCAUUGACCAUAACACUGAAUUGCACGUACAAACCUUUUACAUGGUCAAAAUGUGUUUGUGAAUCAGGCCCAUACUGUAUGAAACUGUGAGCUCUAGUUAGCCGUCUCCAGUUACUGCCGAGUCCAGGAAUGAUGUCGAAAUAUUUUUCUUCGUAUGUAAAAAUGAAAAAAAAAAAAGAAAGAAAAAACGAAGACUAUUUUUCAAACAAAUGUGUGGGACUGAUGUUUGCAUGUGCAUGUUUUUUUAAACGAUUCAAGAUUUAUCAUUUGUGCAAUGUAUUCUUAUUUAAUAUUAAUACAUGUUUAAUUCUUGCCAAGAUAGCUUUUGUAGAAUACACCUCUCUAAUUGUUAGCCAUUAAUAAAUGCCUAUUCACUCCUAGGAUUUCCAGUACCAUUAAUAGAUUUACUGAAUGUACUGAUUUAACACUCAUGUUUGUAAUGUCUGUAAAAUAUUUGUCAUCAUAUUGGAGUGGACCGAGCAACAGAAAGUGUUGUAGACAAAAGAGAACGUGCUAGAAUGUGGGAUGAGAUGAAAUCUGUUGCUCCGCGUCCAUGAAACGGCAUUCCGAUAUGUGCCUUAUUUGUUAGUUAUGAAAACUGAAGACUGUGCUUUUAGAAGUUUGUUCGAUUAAAACAUUGACUAAGUGAA